AUGCCUUUCCCUUUCAAUCCUUACAGGGCUGUUCUACGCAUUCGAAAGGUGGAAAUAUCUCGAGCAAUUUUGCUUCUGUUGGUAACGAUAACUUUAUUGCUGACGAAUGAGUGGAACGCAGGUGAAGUAUGGUUUGUACAUGUUAAAAUAAAUAGAGACAUUACAUGGCCGCGCGGAGAUACAAAAUUUCUCUUCGAGUGAUGAAAAAUAUUUCACUCGUUAGCUGCGCUCACUCGUGAAAUAUUUUUUCAACACGAGCCACAGCAACGGUGAUAUUUUCACAUGUGAAGAUUUCAGGUUUUCGCGCGAAAGCUCACCUGGUAUUUCAUUGGUGUUUAUGUAAUAAAUGUAUUUAUUUAAUAACUAAAUCUGAGAAAAGGCUCCUUCAGCGCAAAGCAACCUCUUCACAUAAGAAAUAGUACAUAAAAAUCUCGGUUUUCACUCACGUGGGAAAGCAGAAAUAAAAAUGGAAACCUUUAAAUACAGAAAGUCUAGAAUCUGGGAAAUGAAAGAAGAUAAAUAUACAAAAAGCCUUGCCUAGAAUCAGGUCUAUGCAAUGGUUCAUAUGCGAGAUAUUGGGAAAAACGUUUUACCCAAAUUUAUAAAGCUUUGUAUGGAGACGCCAUGUUUGUGUCCCUUUCAGGGGCACAAAUAUGGCCGCCGAAAACCAACAGAAACAUCUGUUGUUGAGUUUUCCUACUUAUGAGUGAAUUCUUCGCUUGAGGAAGUCGUAAAGAUUAAAGCAAUAUUUAUUCUAAGACAAGGAAUGUUUAGAUAGCAAAAUCUCCAAAAAUCCGUAAUGUUUUUAACCCACAAAAGAGCUUUCCCGGCCGUCAGCUAAAUUCCGCUCCAUGCAAAAGCCUGGAAAUUCAAGUGUGCUGUAUCGCAAAACAAAGAACGCUUUUGAACCGAAAAUUUGUUUGUAUAAAGGUUUUAAGGUGCUCUAAUAUCACAUGAAAGUAGAAACUCAGAAGAAGCGGUAGUUUCUUAGUUUGACUUUUGGUGACGUCAUGUGAAAACGGCAAAGAAUAUUACAUGAAAAUAAUAAAAAUGACUCUGAUUAUUGGUAAAUGCUAAUGAUGAACAGCUUAAAAUUAAACGUUAGUGAAGCAUAUUUUUCGUCAGAUUGAAUAUACUGAAAAGAACACUUAGAACUAGGGGUAACCAAUGACGGUUUCCUCCUAAACAACAUUCUUAUAAAAAGAAAAGAGUGGACUUUUAGAUCUCUCGAAAUGCAUUCUAGGCGGUGCGAUAAAACAAUCGUUGGGUGCCCCCUGAAGAGCCAUGUAUUUCAAUCACCGUUAUAAGGGAGAAACAACAGAAAACUUUGGCCUAUAUUUUCCUAGCUUCCGUGGCAGGCGUUUGAAAGGGAAGGGAAAGGGAGUUUUUGUGGUCUCGCGCCCUAAUUCCCCUCCUCUUCCCUUAUUUUUAAUCUUGAUUGUCUGAUUACGGAACCAACUCAAAAACAACAGAAACACUGCUGAACUUAAUCCUGACGAAUGACAAGAAAAUGGUCUUAACAUCAGGCGUGGUAGACACGCAACUUAGUGAUCAUUCGUUAGUUUAUACUAUCCUCCGAUUAUCGGUACCAAGGACUCGAUCUCGCAAUAUUUGUUUUCAUUGUCUGAAAAACUUCAGUCGAGAGAACUUUGUGCAUGAUAUGCAAAUUGUACCUUUCCACAUAAUUGAUUUGAUUGAUGAACUUGAUGAUAAGCUUUAUGCUUUUGAGCAAUUGUUUCUAAGCGUUCGCCGCUAUCAAGAAAACAAUGUAAAAACAAUGUAACGUGGUAAUCAAGUGCCCGAUAUGACGGAACAAUGGAGGAGGGCGAUCAGGCAUCGCAACAAACUGUGGAAAAAAUUCACGCGUAAUCGUACGGAUGCAAAUUAGGAGGCAUACAAAACUCAGCGUAAUAACUGCACCUCCCUUAGGCGAAAAGCAAUAAAACAAUUCUGGUCUACUUUCUGGUCUACUUUCCGCCCCUUUUUGCAUACUAAAAGUAAGCAAGCCAAUGACAUUAUCUUGAAAGAAAAUGACAGGAUUAUUAAUGACAAAAAGGAAAUUGCCAAUGAUCUGCUUAAUGACUACUUUGUUCACAUUGCUGAUAGCAUGCAUGAAAUACGAGUAGAGGAUUACGGUGAGGAUUAUGCUAUAUAAUCAUCUCAGCAUCAAAGCAAUCCACGAACACAGGGGCUCUAGUGCUCCAGCUUGCUUCAGUUUUCAUCGCACAAGUGAAACCCAGGUUGAGCUAUUACUAAAAGAGAUCAAUGUACGCAAGUCACCUGGUCACGAUAUGAUCCCACCAAAGUUGAUUAAAGAAGCGGCAGCUGUUAUUGCGCGGCCUAUGACAAGUAUAAUUAACUGUUGUUUUGAACAUUGCUGUUAUCCUGCUAGCUGGAAGAUGGGCAUGGUGACAGAGACGACGAGUUUUGUAAGACCAACUAUAGGCCCGUAACUGUGCUCCCUGCUCUAAACGAUAUUUUUGAAAGGCUUCUGUCGGGGCAGAUGUAUGAAUUUUACAAUGGACUCUUAUCAGACUUCUUAAGCGCUUAUAGAAAGUUUUAUAGUUGCGAGACCUCUUUGCUAAGGUUGACAGAGGACGGGAGGAUGAUGCGUGACAGGGGGGAGCUCGUUGCGGUAGUUUCUAUGGAUCUCUCUAAGGCGUUUGAUGUUAUUCAGUAUCCACUCCUCCUUUCGAGACUGAGGGCCUAUGGUGUGGACGACAAACGUUGUGCCCUAAUUAGGAACUAUACCUCUGACAGAACUCAGAGAAUUAAAGUUGGAGACACCUUUUCGACCUGGGAAAGGGUCAAGCGUGGGGUCCCACAGGGGAGUGUCCUGGGUCCUAUGCUAUUCAACAUUUUCAUAAACGAUCUUUUCUUCCACGUCAAGAAGGCCAAGUUGAACGCUUAUGCGGAUGAUCAUCAGGUGUACUACUCCCACGUCGAUCCGGCAGCUCUGGAAGCAUGCGUACCACUAAUUGGCCACGCCAACAUCAUGAGAUACCAUGAAAAUGGGAUGAUAGUUAAUGAGAGCAAGCACCAGUGUCUAAUCCUCGGUGAUACGGAGUAUGGUUUUUCCUUCCCAGUAAAGGACACGUUAGAGAUUUUUGGGAUGGAAAUAGAUAAUAAACUGAAUUUUGCUAAACGUGUAUCAAAUGUAUGCAAAACCGGAUUAAUAGCCAAUUUAAUGUUGUGUCGUCCUUUCGAAAACGCAUACGCAGGGAUAUCUUUACAAAGCGUAUAUUCUACCUCAUUUUUAUUAUUGCUCCUCUGUCUGGCACUUUGGUGGAGUGCGCGAUGCGGAUAAGCUUGAAGCUUUAAAUAAAAGAAUACUUAGAUUUAUACUUGGAGAUUACUCGCCUCCAUACAACACUCUUUUCUCAAAAGUCAACUCUACUUGGUGGUGGGACAAACGCGUUCAAAAUUUCCUCAUACUGUUAUAUAAGAGUUUGUUUUUCACUCAUUUUCCAGCUUAUAUGAAGAAUAUGUUUUCACUCUGGUCCUCUUCAUAUGAUCUUCGUGGCAACUACAUUCUUUCACUAAGUAAACCUAAAACAACUACCUACGGUCUUAACUCCUUUUCUUACUUUUCUGCUAAGCAGUGGAAUGCAUCGCCGGGCUUUUUUCGUACCAGUUUUUUUGCAGACUUUAAGACCAAAAUACAGGAUGUUACCUUCAUGUAGAUUCUUUUUCUUGACAUACUUAAACUUAAAAUUGUAAAUUGUAAUUAAUAUUUUCUUUUCUUUUUUUCUAUGUGCUUAUUAUUAUUAAUAUUAUUUUAUUAUUAUUACUUAUAAUGCAUUUAAUGUAUAUAUAUAUACAUAUUUCUAUAUUAUUUUUACUGAUGUAGUGUCAGCUCGAAGAUAUUAGCUUGUUAGCUACUCUAAAAUUCGAGUAUAAUUAAAGUUUAUGUUAUGUUAUGUUAUUUGUUCGAACGCCUGCCACGCGGGCUAAUAUUUUCCGUGUGCGUUUUAAGGGAUUUUAGAAACCCUUUCAACGCAAAAAGAAAUCCUCCUUCCAUUUGAAAAUGAACAAAUAGCUUCAGAAGAAUACUUGUAACAAACGUUUGACAAAGUCAACUAUGAUUUUAAUAAGUUUUGGUGUGGAGAGGAGGAUAUAAGUUAAAAGGCUUUCCAUAUUCUUCUCCAUAUUGUAAUGACUCUCCAUCAUUGAGGAACACGGCUACGCGUUUUCACCUCUGUCGUGUUCAACAAGCGUUGGUGAAAAAUUGAUAAUGUACACAAAAUAAAUUUAUAACAAAAAAGUCUCAAGUUAACAUAUUUAUUAGACAACUGAUUGCAUGGACGAAUUUUAUUUUAUUUUUUUCCGGUAAUCUUUUGUCACACUUGACGUGCAAUUCACCUUAAUAGUCAAGACAAUCAAACCUGCCGUAGAAUAUGCUGAAAAACAAGACAAGGUAAGUUGGGGUUUCAAAGGUAACAAAUGAUAGUGAGUUAUUUACAGAAUUAUAUUAAAAUCAUUACGGCGAGUUAUGAUUAGUCAUUGGUUAGCUACCAAAUCAUGACAUUUUAAUAUUUGGCAUUCAGAAUUUUGAGAUUUCGAGAUUUUACGUACAGAAUAUUGAAAUUUUAAUAUUUGACAUUCUAAAAAAUUUCAAGAUUCUCCAUUACAAAUCUUGAAAUGACUUAAGAUUUUGAAUACCAAAUACCGUAAAAUUCAAAAAAUAACCCUCUCCUUGCAUAAGCCCCGCAAACUCAAGCCCCGGGGGCUUGUACUUGGAAAUUGCCGUUAAAUUCAAAAUAAAACAAAGGAAAAACAGAGUGUAUAGUAACACAUAAAUUGUUGCAUUUGCCAAAGAACUAUUACGUAUGCCAAAUGAUUGCAGUCAAAAAGUGUUACAUUAUAUUGCUGUUUUCGUAGUUCACUCUUCAGUAACAAAAAUGAACAGAACAAUGAAAAGGUUACCCUGUACAGUAUUUUGAAAAGUAGUUACACCCCAAACUGUUGUUUCCCUUCCCAUAUUGAGUGUUUGCCAUUCUACUCGCAGCAUUACUUUAACUAGAGGCAGAUUAAGCAAAGGCCUCUCUGCCUCCAAAGAGGGAGCAGAACGAAAAAUGAAAACGCGACAGCAUGGGGAAAGGACAUCAGACCCGACUUUUGGUACUUACUAUGAUGCCGCGAGUCUAUUUGUGAUAAAUAAUUGGAAUUGUAAACUUUUAGACCGGUGUCAGUAGCACUUUCUAAAAACCCGGUUGUUCAAAAAAGUGCCAAAUUGUCGUGUUCAAUGUUCCGUGAAACGUUUUAGCUCUAGCCCUUUAUAAGUAGUAUAAAAGAAAAAUGGGGGAGAGAGUGUCUUUCCACGAAUUUUUGUAUGUGGCGAAGAAACGGAUGUACAUAGGCUAUCCUCGCAGAUGAAUGAGAAGAAAAACAAAUCAGGCCAUUGAGAUAAGCCGAGUAUCCUAUCUCUCAUCUCAUUUUCUGGGUCAUUCAGACAGGAUAUUGGCCAGAUUUCAACUUGGGAAAUUUUUAUUCGAAGUCUUGUAGAAAAAUAUUUAUUUAUGAAAAAUUCAACCGAUUUUCGUAAAACAGUGGAAACCGGUGUAGAUCUGCGCCUGCUAAUUCUCUCUUUUUUUUUUCAAUCCACUGUAACAGAUCUCUGAGGACCAGGAGCGAAUUGAACAGAGACAAAUUGAACGACAGAAAAAUCUCAAAGACUACUGUGGAAGACGCGUUGGAAACAGCAAACAAGGCGAGACUGUGUCCAGAGAACUUCUGGGUCAUUUAAUCGUUAACGACAAGUAUAAAGUUAUCUACUGCUAUAUUCCCAAGGUUGCCUGUUCUCAAUGGAAGCGUGUCUUUCUUGAUCUUGAAAACCGAGCCAACGUGAGAGAUGUACACUCUAAGAGUAAUUUUAAGUUCCUUCAAAAGUAUUCCGACGAGGGUGUUAAAAUGAGGCUUCAAUCCUACUAUAAGUUUCUUUUUGUUCGAGAGCCUUUCGAGAGGCUUUUGUCAGCGUAUGAAAACAAGUUUGUAAAACGGCAAUGGCCAUGGCGUUAUAUUUGGAAGUUGGAGAAGGCCAUUUAUAAUAAAUUCAGUGACGUUGAUCCUAGCGCCGGCUGGAAUGUGACAUUCAAGAGAUUUGUUUAUUUCUUGAACGAUUUUGGAUUUAAUCGAGACGAGCAUUGGGCACCUUACAGACGACUUUGUUUCCCAUGUGACAUAGAAUACGAUUUUAUCGGCCAUUUCAAAGACAUGCCGGAAGAAGCUGCUUACGUACUAAAAAAAACUGGAAUGGAUAAAGAGGUUAUUUUUCCUGAGUUUGUAACCCACAAUACAACGGAUAAACUGCUCCAAAAAUAUGCACCAGUUCCCAGAGAGAAGAUUACAGAACUGGCCAAGGCCUUUGAAGAAGACUUUGAAAUGUUUAAUUUUGAUUUCCCAGGGCCUCUUUUAAGCCUCUUAAGAGAUUAUUUGGAUUGA